AUGGCAGACUUGGGUCCGCAGCUUGCUCCGGUCGGGGAAAAGACCUUGCUGCGGAAAUGCAAUCCCAGUACGCUCGCGUAUUGUCCGUCCAUGGACUUGAUUGCUCUGGCGACCGAUGAUGAUAAAAUAGAAGUCUAUCGCCUCAAUGGCCAAAGAGUGUUUGGGGGGUCUUUCAAGGGUGAUCCUUAUCUUGGCGAGGACGAGGCUGAUGGGGAAGUGAGAGCGGUGGCGUGGAAGGGUAAUGGUCGUCUGCUUGCGGUCGCUUGCGGGGAUGGAUCGAUUCGCAUUAUCAGUGCGUAUAGUGGCAAGACAGUCCACCACUACCGCGCCCAUGAGGAGAAGAAUGAUCAGUCUCAGUCCUGCAAGGUGACAUGUCUGGGCUGGGGCAUCAACUUUACAGAUAGCAAAGCUGCGCAGAAGCAUCUACAAGGUGCCGCGGGUCAAAUUUCCGUGGAGGAUCUUCUUGCUCCGGGCCUUCAUCCGUCCAAGGCGGGCGCCCUUCUCAAGGCGGAUCUUCCUCGAGAGCUCAUGUUGAUGGACAUAGAAAGUUCUCUGCCGAAGCUCAGUGUUCUCCCGGCGACUGGUGCCGAGGAUGACCUGUUCAGCUCGCGUGCCUCAAUCGAUGCUAUCUUUCACGCGUCUGCCAAGGACAAUAGUGACUCGGUCGAUGUUUUGUUUGUUGGCCUCGAUGACGGAAGCGUUCACCUGCGCAUCUUUGACUGUUUCGAGAUUGGAUCUUUCCCCAUUUUUGAACCGGAGGAGGUUGCUGAAGCGGGCUCGGUUCUUCGUCAUGCGUCGCAUCCUCUGAGCUCAACGCAUGCUUUGCUGGUGUCUCAUGGUGGGAACAAGGGUCAACCGAAGACUCCUCUCAGGCUGGUGACCCUGGAUCUGCGAUUCAUUACAAAGUCGGGAAGAUAUCUUUCAUUACUUGCAUCGAAGACAACCCAACUCCAGAAUCUGCUAAGAUACAUUGGCCAGGUACAGAAACAGAUCGAGCUCGAAUGGAAGACAGCCCAAGAGCUGCCUGCCCGGUUCCUGCGAAAUGCAAAUCAGGAUUUGCAAGAACGAUGUCAAUGUGAUUUCACAACCGCCAUAUAUCAUCUGGUUGUAACUGGCCAUUGCUUUGAGCCUCUGAAGGAGUUUUUGGUCGACAUUGUUGGCGAGCGGGGUCAUAAACGAUGGGACAAAGCUGUCUCCGGCGGAUAUGAGAAUAUCCGACGGUUGACUCACGAGUGUCUUCUCCCCGCCUUGGAGAGGAGUCAAGUUCUUCUUAGUCGACUGGUAGGACUUUCCAAAUUCUCCAAACUCAAUGACGUGCUUGGCUUGGAUUCGUCUAAGCUUACAGCGAUCGUCGAGACAGUCGACUGUCUUUAUCUUCUCUCGCACCAUAUUAUCAACCAUGCAAACGAAGAGCUGGAUCAGUUCACUGCCUUCUCGCGCUCGCUUCACCAUGAGAUCUUGAUCUUGAGCAGUGAACCUCUCUCACAAACCUGGGACGAACUUCUCGAGAAGCGAGAGCUUGUAGACGUUCCCCCCACUGUCAAGUACAUCACCGGGCCCCUGCGACAGAGUGCCUUGCGCCACUUCAUCCGCCAACUGCCUAUGCUCGGAAUUCCACAUGUGCCGACUCCCCAGACUGACAAAUGGCUCCCGCAUGGCCAUGAUCGUUCCUUCUUCGACGAUUUCAAGGUCCUGCUCAGCCAGCAGAAACAGGUGCAGGCAAAGAAUGGUGACACAACUAUGGUAGAUGCUCCAAAAUUGAAUGACCUGACACGGCGACUGGGAGUACAAUUCGAAAAGGUCUUUGCGGAAAUCGCCUUGACCCAGAGACGCGGUAUCCUGCAUCAUACCCCUAUUACGUUGCACGAGGACUGCGAUUCUAGUGUCCUUGACAUGAAGCUUUGCUAUGAGGAUCAGGAAAAGGGCCAGCCUUGUUCCAUCUACGUUGCUGCAAAAUCAGUCAGUGAUGCAUCACUGAUCUAUAUUUACCGCGUUGUCCUCGACUCCAUCAACGGGGUCAGCUCCACGCGAAACUCGUCCAUCGCCGCCCUAUUCUUUGACUCAGGAAGCGUCCGCCAAGUGCAAUUUGUCGAGGAUGACACGCUCAUGAUUCUCUUUACCUCGGACACAACAUCCCACCUCCUAAACCUUGGCUUCCAGCCACAUUCCACGGCGGAAGCAUUUGCUCUAAACUACACCGACAACGACCCGCAGCCCACUGUGGCCAAGCCCAAGGUGACACGCACGAAACUCGAUAUUCCUACCCUUCUGGCCGAAACCAACGUUGUUGUGCAUACCUUUGCUUCAGCGGGCCCCAAUUCGUCUCCGGUUCGGAUUGAUGUGAACGGGCGAGCGGGUCGAAGAGCCGUCUGUGUGUUGUAUGGGGACGGGAUGCGGUAUGAUGUGUUGGAUUUGGAUGCGGCGAUAGGAGAAGAAGGGGGAGUAUGA